AUGUCACUGUCCGAUUACGAUCAACUUUCCGAGGAAGAUAAAAAUAUUUAUCUUGAAGCAAUCUUGCCAAUAAAGAAACAAGAAGCAAUGUUAAGGAAAGCUCAAUUAUCUGAAAAAUUGGACGCAAGGAAAAGAAAAAAAAAAAAAUUACAAAUGAGUAUUAUCGAAUCAAAGGCUAAAAAUAAAAAAGGAAAAUUAAUAACAACCAAAAAUAAACUUCCAGCUUUAAUUAAUAAAAAUGAAAAAGAAUCGAAAGUGAUUUCUAGUAAGGGAAAUACUGCUCGUAAAAAAAAGGAUUAUGAUAGUCCCAAAUUAAAAAAAGAAAUUUUAUCGAAAGAAAUGUUAGAGAUCAAUAAGAUCACGGAGGAAUAUCGAAACAAUCUGAAAAACAUAGAAUAUAUAAUAAAAAAUGUUUAUUCCACUCGAAAGAUCGCUAAUAAAGUAUCAAGAACAGGCAAGUUAAAAGAAAAAAUGGAGACAACUGUAGAGGAAACAGAUAAUUUUCACAUUUGGUAUAUACGAGCGAGCGAUCCUUGGAACGAUGAAAUGAACAACGUAGUGAUUUCUCAAAUCGAACGAAACGAUUUGAUUAAAAAUGCUUUACAAAGAAGGAACAUUGAAAAGGUACAUUCGGAAUCUAAAAUCUAUUCCAUUCUCAGUUACAAAGGUUUCGAAGUACCAAGCAUGGUUGAAAAAAAUGAUACGUUCGAGUUGGUCUCAAUUGCGACUUUACACGAAGAGCCAAUGACCGAAUCCAUUAGUAAUCACGCGAUGAAAGAACCUUCUCGAGAAACAACAUCAACAAAAGCAGCAGCAGCAACAACAACAACAACAAAUAUUGAUCAAAAUCUAGUGUACAUAGAAAGUAAACAACGAAAGAAAAAUAAAACGAAAAUGUCGAUAAACAAUGUCGACAAAACUAUCACGAAUAUUUCUACGAUUGAAAGUGAACUUUUAAAUUCUAACAACGUCAGAUUCUAUCACGAGGAAAUAGUUAAACCACGAUUAAUUUUACAACCUAAUGAAAAAAAACGAUUCAAGCUUCGAUAUCGUCCUAUAAAAAUGGGAGAUCAUCGACAAAGUUAUACUUUCUCGAUAGUCGACAAUCCUCACACUACAUAUCAUAUCGAAGUUAAUGGAAUUGCGUCGAUACCGAGACUUGAUAUGAAUCCUUACAUAAUUUUUGAAAAAAUAAUGGAGAAGAAAAUAGAUGAAACAAACGAACCUUCGUUUAUUUUGGAUGAUGGUAUAUUCGAUUUUGGAUCUUUGGUAUUACUCAAAAAAGAAAAAAGAUCAUAUCAUUCUGCAGUGAAAUUCAUUUUAAGGAAUAUAACACCAAUAGAAGCAGAAGUAUCGUUAUGUUUUAAUGAUAGCAAUGCAAAUGAAUUUAAUGUUCAACCAGAAACAUUGAUUAUUCCUCCCUACGAGGAUAGGAAAGUGACCAUAUCAGCCGAGGUCAAUAAACUCGGUCCAUUUUAUAAAAAAUUAUAUAUUUGUACAAAAAAUAAUCCACAGAUCGAUAUGAUCGAAUUACGAUGUUACGGCGUCAAAUUGGAGGUUGAAAUCGAUGAGAAACAAUUAUCUUUUGGACGUGUACUUCUCUACAGAAAGGUAGAUCAUUUUACUACCAUUCGAAAUAGAUCCACAGUACCGAUAUUCUGGCGUAUCGAAUGUAAAGAACCUUUCGAGGCGCAAAUAACAUUUAACCCAAAAGAAAACCUUCUAUUACCUUUAAAAGAACAAAGGAUCGAAUUUUCCUACGAUGCCAGCAUGAUAGGUGUUAUAGAAAAAAAAAUGGAUUUUCAAAUAUUUCUGCACGAGGACGAUGAAGAUCCCGUUAAUACCGACAUUAUUACAAUUUUUGCUGAGACAUACGACGUAUUGGUUGACAUAAAUUAUGCCAAUCCGAUCGAUUUAAAAUUUGUCAAGGUCGACCAUCCUGUCAAUGCACAUUUCGAUAUAAAAAAUCGUGGAAAUUACGAAAUUCAAUACACUAUCAAUUUCAACGACAACGCAAAGCUAAACAAUAACCUUGCCAGACCUAUAAAUGUGAAAAAAAAUCUUGAGAUUAAUCCAGUUAUCGGUACGAUACAGCCACAGAAAACAGUUACGGUGGAAAUGACGUUUUUACCAAAAAAUGAGAUCCAUCUGAUGGAAGCACCGAUACUGAUCUGUCACAUUCUCGAUCCUAAUCAACAAUCGAUGAUUGUAGCAGAACUUCCUUUGACCGUUUCCCUUCAAGCUUAUUAUAACAGAUUCAAUAUAAAUCCUUAUCCUGAAAUAAAUUUCGGCAUGAUCCCGAUUUGCACUAAAAAGAUCAUGAAUCUCGAUAUCGAAAAUACAGGAGUCGUCAAAUUUCAUUAUAUAAUACACAUUCCAGCAAAAUCAAUGUUUUUGCCUGUUAGUGUAAGAAAAGAAGAACGAACGAAGAAAUUAAAUACCGGAAGGGACACAGAAAUCUUGAGUAAAAGAGAAAAGAAAUCGAUGAAGACUGAAAAAACAGACAUGAAUGUUAAGAACACGUUAAAUAUUGGUCCAUUUACAUUAAUGAAAAUAGAGGCUGACGUCGAGGCCGGACAGACCGAUACUAUAGUAAUCGAAUGUUACCCGGAAAUAGUUGGCUCUCAAGAAGAACAGAUUGUUGUUUUUGUUCCGGAUACUGUUAUGGAAUACAAAGAUGGGAAAAAAUUAGUUCUGCGCGUUGAGUCUUCCAUUCCAUUGAUCGAUUUCACGAAUUUAGAUAAUAUGUUUCGAAGCAAUCAUAUUGUUGAUAACAUAGAAGACUUUCUAUGUCCCAAAGAGAUCGGUGCUCACACAGUGUUCGCACGUCAACCAAAGUGCCUCCAUUUUCGUCGCGUCACUAUGUCAAACGCAUACACGACUUGUUUCGAGGUCCACAAUAGAGGUAUCGUACCUGCUGACAUAAUAGUCAAAGCUUUUGUGAAAAGGCCUUCGAACGUGAAAGCUACAACUUUUAUUGUGGAACCACAAAAGGAACGGAUACCAGCUUAUAGUUAUAAAAGGAUCAACAUCACUUUCUCUCCUGCAUUGAUCGAAACCUAUUAUGGGUAUUUAGAGAUCUCGGUAAACUUGCCAGUUCAUAUAAAUACAGAAAAAUUGAUGAUUGACCUAAUCGGUGAAGCCUGCGUGCCGGAAAUAACAAUAACGGAACCAACAAUCGGUGGUGUACAUGAUAGACCAAUCAUAAGAUUUCAUCGUACACUCGUAGAAGAAACGAGUAUUGAAAAAUUUUCUUUUGAAAAUAUCGGAUUUGUUAAAGCAAAUGUUAUCGUUGAAAUUUAUGAUGAUCCCAAUAGUAUCUUCAGCUUCUCAGCUACUCCCGAUACUCAGACUCUUCUACAUACAACGGAUUAUGAGGACGAUGUUCGAGACAAACGAUGCUUCACCGUUGUUAUUCGUAUGAUGCCACAAGAUGUUGCAAGUUUCGAAGUUAUAUUUUCACCAAAAUAUAUUGGAAAGUAUACAGGUCGUAUACGUCUUUUUAUCGUUGAUAAUCCUUACGACAAUUUAACGAUCGAUCUCGAAGGUGAGAGCUUCCUCGAAUCGAUCGUACUUCAGGAUUUAGAGUUUCUUAACUUCAAGUCUAAUAAUCGUCGAGAAUUGAACUCGAAGAAAAAUAAAUUAUCUUCUAGUUCGUUAACAGAUACAACACCACCUGUAUUUCUCUCUUAUAAAUUGGAUUACGGUACGUGUCAGAUCAACAAAAUGUAUAAAAAAACAUUCAAGAUCGUGAAUAAAACUUUGGAUCGAUGUUUUCGUUUUCAAUGGGCCGCUCAUCCCAACGUAGUUUUCGAACCAUCGAUUGGACAUCUUCAACAUUCAACGAGCAAACAAGUUACCGUCACUUUGCUCGAAUCUGAACCUAAGAGACAUGAUGUAACCAGACUAGAGUGUGUCGUUUCGCAAAUCGAAAUUUCGAACUACACGGGAGAAAAUUCUUGGGACGAUAGGCAAACUAUCGUACGUUGGGAGAAAAUCGAUAUCACCGAUAGCAAUAAAGAGGAUAGCUUAUCGAAAAAGAACGUAGAACCAACUAAUGAGCCAGAACAUGCUACAAUACCUGGGACAACUAGAUGUAUACUUUUGUUAAUAAACGCAAUAAUAGGAUUUUCAGAAUAUUCUUGUUCAACGACUUCGAUCGAUUUCAAGGACACACUUAUGUUCCAAAAACGUGAAUACACGUUCACCUUAUCGAAUCCAAGCGACGUUAAUACAGAUUAUGUUUGGAUGAUAAAUAUGGAUGAAGAAUAUCCAAAACGAAUAUCAGGUAGUACGAUACGCCUCAGCGAAAAAUCGAGAUCUUGUGAAUUUCGAUCUCCGUCAGGAUCAAAAUCAUCACGAGGAGUUCUUUAUCCGACUGAAAAGAAUGAUAACAAUAACUUACGUUUACAUCGUUGUAAACCACUUCCUAGUCAUGAACCUUUCUUGGACAUAAAACCACGUCCGUGUACCUGCAAAGAGUCAGAUCUUUAUAGCAGCACAGCCUGCCUGACGGAUCGAAGUACCGACAGUUGGCUCGAAGGCGAGGAUCUACCAUUCGAGGUAGUUCCACGAAGUGGGACAAUGCUACCCGGAGAAUCUCUAGAAUGUACCCUAACAUUUUCACCCAGAGAUGUAUUUGAUUACAAAGCGUAUCUUAAUUGCAAAAUAGAAAAUCUUAAUCCAAAGUUAACAGAAUUAGUGAUCCCUAUCAAAGCAAGAAGUAUACUUCCUUAUUGUCACUUUGAUGUACCUGAAAGUGAUUACAUAUCAAGUGGCAAACGUGAUCGAAAAUUACCAGGACCUAUCGGGUACUCAAUGACCGAUGUGAUUGUAGAAAACAUUAGAGUGAUCGAAUUGAAUGUGAUCGGUAUUGGUAAUGUUCACACGAAACGAUUUCCUAUGAUAAAUCCUACUGCCGAUAAUUAUCAUUUUUCUUGGAAAAAUCAUACUCCUUAUUCCAUCAACGAGGUCACCAAUUUUCAAUGUUUAGUAUCGGAAGGUGUUGCAGAACGUGGGAAACAAACUGAAAUGGCAUUCACAUUUUUAUCAACUGACGUUGGCACUUUCGAGUCCUUUUGGAUGUUCUCGAUCAAAAAAUAUGAUCUAAAAUGUCUGUUUCUUUUUGUUGCUAUAGUUAAGGAACCUAUAAUAUACUGCACGAGGCCUUAUUUAAAAAUGAAACCUACUCUUCUGGACCUCGAAGUACAAGAUUCCGUGAGUAUUAUCAAUAAAGAAGAUUUUGAUAUUUCUUUUAAAAUAUCAGAAGAAAGUCUGUACUCCGAAGGACAUUAUCAAAAUAUUAUAGUGACACCAAUGAACGGUGUUCUUAAAGCGAAUGACGAGCAAACGUUUUGGUUUAAUUAUAAACCAAAGUUAGUAGGAGAAUUUCAUUUUUCUGUCCAAUGUAUCCUAAAAUUCUUAAGAAAUCCACUUAUAUUUUUUAUAACCACCACAACUUAUGACAUAAUGCCUUGCAUCACGUACAUUAACAAGAAGAAUGAGGAUAUCAAAUUGUUGGAUCAUCAAGAUAAUAUCAUCGACUUCGGCAAAAUAGUACCUAAAAGAUCUAAUAUCAUUAGAUUCAAAAUAAUCAAUUCAGGCAAUGUAACAUUUUACUAUACAUGGGAUCUUGGUAUGACACCAGAGAUCAUCAGUAUGAAUGCGUAUGUAAUAUCUAUAUCUGAAAGAAAAGGUCACGUUACAAGCGAAUCCCAUACAACUUGUUGUCUAACUUUGAUGGCUAAACGAAAAAUGUUUAUAAAAAAUCAUUGUGUUAUCCUAAAGAUCUCGAAAGGUCCAACUUAUCGGUUAAUUUUAAAAGCAAUUGCGUGUAAAGCUUCUAUAGAAUUUAGCUUUCGUCAAUACAAUUUUGGUCCCUGUUACGUGCGAGAAUCAUCACCUUAUCAAACCGAAUUGCGCGUGAGCAAUACUGGGAACAAGCCUCUCAUAUUGGAAUGCAAGUUCGAGGAACGACCACAUAUGUCGAUUAAUUUAAAUGAAUUAUCUCAAAUUCUGGCAGGCAAAUCCAGCAUAAGUAUUCCUAUCAAAUUUCGACCUAUGCAGGAAAUUAAUUACGAAGAAAUCUUAACGUUUCUAAUCAAUUCGGCUGUCGAGGAAAAUGUUAAGAUCACUGGCGAAGGAAUCAGUUACAAAAUUCGUCUGGUAAAUUCACAUGAUAAAAUAAUCGAAUUGGGUAAUGUACCGGUACAUAAGACGUUGAUAAAAACAGUAUCUGUGAUUAACGAGGGUCGAGCACCGGUUGAUUUGAAAUUCGAUCUAAUGAGCAAUCUAUUGCAAGACAAAAGAUAUGUAGAAAAAAUACCCACGUGUAUCCCAAAAUCGUACGAGGAAAUCAUAAGAUAUCAGGAAUAUGUAUCCAUGUUAAAAAGCAAAAAAUUUAACGAGGAUGAUAAAAGUCUUCGAAUGGAUAUGACAUAUGCUGCUCAAGCUCUGAUAAUUGAACCAUCCAAUAUGACACAAGUUCGAACGAACGAAAAGAUAGAUUUGACGAUCAAAUUCAAAGCAACGUCUAGGAUAAACAUGUUUACUCAAAAAAUCGGAGCUAUGGUCGACUCGACCAUUUUCUCUCUUCUUAUACUUCGCGGUAGUUGCGUUGGACCAGAGUUUCGUUUAGACAAAACGUACAUCGCAUUUGGUACCGUCAUUCAAGGUUGUAUCAGUGAAACUAAAUUGAUUUUAAUGAAUAUUGGCGAAGUAGGAGGAAAGUUUACAUGGAAUACGUCGAAUUUGCCGAUCGAUUUUAAAAUUUCACCUAAAUCCGGUUACUCUUCUCCCGGCACCAACGUUCAUUUUAUCGUGAAAUUUGAACCGAUUCACGAAAGAAAUGUAAUUGAAGGAUACGCAGAAAACGUGAUAGAAAAGUUUGACACAUUGAAAAUAAAAAUAACUGGUGCUUGUAAAAAAUUACCGGAUCCGAUUGAAACAUUAUCUUUUAAGACUUUUGUUCGUUCGAAAAAAUCCAAAUCCAUAAACGUCUUUAACGAUACUGUAUUACCGUGGAAAUUAAAGCCAGAAAUAUCUGGAGAACAUUUUUACGUUGACAAUAUUCUCAAUAUUCCUCCGGAAGAGUCUACUUCCUGUACCGUCAUUUAUCAGCCACUUGUUAUGAAUACCGAAGACAAUCUUCAUAAGGGAAUAUUGUUGAUAAAAUUACCAGACAACAAAAUACCUUUGUUAUACUCUUUACAUGGACACAGCUUACCUCCACAAGCUAUAUCCACGAUUGUACGUCAGUUUCCUGCAAAAAUGAAAUAUACAGAAUUAUUGCCCGUGUAUAAUUGGAAAAACAGACAUCAACAAUUUAAAUGUAUAAUAGAAACUAUAGAAGAAAAGAAAUUGUAUUUACAGGGCUCUAAUAAUAUUCCAAUAUUCAGUUUUACUGGCGAUAACAAUAUUAAUGUACCGUCAAAUAAUCAACGCGACUAUCGUGCUAUUUUUCAUUCUUAUAAAGAAUCAUACUUUCAGUUCAAGAUCACGUUUAUCAAUGAGGAUGGAGAGUAUCAAUUUUAUGAGAUACAAUACACCAUAACAAAACCGGAAGUCAUCGAAUCGAUCAAAUUAAUUACGGACGUACGUUCGUCGGCAUGUCACACAUUGCAACUUUAUAAUCCAUUAGAGAAUAUCCCUGUAACAUUUACAUUUGAUUGUCGUCAUCCAGCAAUCACCAUUUAUGACAUACCUAUAACCGUGUCACCAUUAUCAAACGGAUUUAUUACGAUCAAUUAUAAUCCGAUAUUGACGUCCGAAGAAACUAUUGAAAAGCUUGAUAUAAAUUGUCAAGAACUUGGAUGUUUCCCAUAUGAAUUACGAUUAACGGCGUUACUUCCGGCUGCAGAAAAAACUACGCAUGUCACGGCGACAUUAGGAAAUAUUGUGAAAUUUUCACUUUCAAUAAGAAACUUUACUUUGAAGAAAGCAGACUUUGUCAUUGAAGUAAACAACGAUAGUUUUAUUUGUCCUAAAAAGAUUGAAUUGGAAAGAUUGGAAAAAGGUUCGAUCGAUGUCAUUUACGAGCCGCACGAUAUCGAAAAUAUUACGGCCAUUUUAACAGCCACUUCAAAAACGGCGGGCAUUUUUACAUAUCCCAUAAUUGGUACUUAUUCAUUACCAAAACCUCAAGGCCCAUACACGAUGACAGCGAAUUCACCAGUUAUGAUCAAAUUCAAAAAUAUUUUCGAAGAAACAAAAACGUUCGAAUUCCUCGCGAAUAGUAAUUUAGAUUUCGAGAUUAAACCAACAUCACAAGAUAUUAAUCCGAAACAGGAAAUUAAUGUGAUAGUGAAUUUACGACAUACGGACGAAACUGAAUUUUAUGAAAAGUGUCCAGUGACGGGUAAACUUUCUGUGCAUUGCACAGAUCCUAGACUCUCUCAUGUGAUUUGGAUAUAUUAUUUAAGAGGAAUUAUCGAAUAAAUGAAAUACAAUUUAUGUUUGUAAGAGAGAAUUUUUUUUAUAUUAUCAAAUAAUUAUCGUAGUCUUUGCAAAUCUCAAUCGUAAUG